UUACUUUCACAUUGUUCGCGUUCCCUUCACGCGCUUCGUGAGGGCUUCGUCUCAGCUUCAGCUAAAGACCAAACAGACAACAGCUGUGUUUGCUUGAAGUAUCAACCUUGAAGCUGAAAAUACGGGACUUUAUCGCUACUUGAAAUUCAGUAAUAGCAUUUUAAAAAGUUACCUGAAACCAUUAAGGAAAUGAAAUAGCUGUCAUUUGGCAUAACCACAGAAACGGGCGAGACGCAAAGGAGAAAUAAUAACAACAUCAAAACCCGGCAAACAAAGAGGUCCCCUUUUCAACGGCAUCAUUUUUCCUCCAUAUUCUAUAGUUAUGAGUCAUGUGGCCGUCGAAAAUGCCCACGGUCUAGAACAGCAGCUCGCUGUCCUAGACUUGAGCGCUGCAGACGGACAAGGUGGCGGCAGUAGCAGGCGAUACAUACCUCCACAUUUAAGGAACAAAGAUGCUUCCAAAAAUGCAGGAAAUGCCUUUGCUGCUGGGCGACAGGGUGGUUACACCAUCGCGCCUGCAGCCAACUACGGCUGGGACGGCACACGCAACAACUUUGUCAACGGCUACCACGACAAUCGCAUGACGGGGAACUCAUUUAACCGUGGCCCGCCUCGCAUGGAGCGGGGAAGAGGUGGCGUUGGAGGUGGUUACCGCAACAACAGGGGUGGAGCCUUCAACCCCAUGAACCCAGCACAGCCAAUGAGCUUUGCUGGGUAUGAAAAUAAAGACGCAGGUGGCUGGAACACUGCCAAGGACACCUAUAGCAGUUUUGGCAAUAACCGUGGAAAGUCUGCUUUCUUCAAUGACAGAGGCAACGCUACCCGAGGAAGGUUUGAGCAUGGAGGCUUUGGUAAUGGAGGAGGGGGAGGAAACAGCCGCUGGGUGGAGGAAUCCAGAGAUGACGGAGACUGGUCCAAGCCAACCCCUCGCAACGAACGUCUUGAACAUGAAUUGUUCUCUGGCAGUAACACUGGGAUUAACUUUGAGAAAUACGAUGACAUUCCUGUUGAGGCCACGGGACAGAACUGCCCUCAGCACAUCGAGAGUUUCCAAGACGUGGACAUGGGUGAGAUUAUCAUGGGUAACAUUGCUCUGAGCCGCUACACCAGACCCACUCCUGUCCAGAAAUACGCCAUUCCUAUUAUUAAAUCAAAGAGAGACCUCAUGGCCUGCGCACAGACAGGUUCUGGGAAAACAGCAGCAUUCCUCUUGCCAGUCCUCAGCCAGAUUUACACUGAUGGACCAGGAGAGGCCCUUAACGCAGCUAAAGCAUCAGGACAGGAGAAUGGAAAGUAUGGCCGUCGCAAGCAGUACCCCAUCUCCCUGGUGCUGGCUCCCACCAGAGAACUGGCACUGCAGAUAUAUGAUGAAGCAAGGAAGUUUUCCUACCGCUCCAGAGUGCGUCCCUGUGUUGUGUAUGGAGGAGCAGACAUUGGCCAGCAGAUCAGAGACCUGGAGAGAGGCUGUCACCUGCUGGUGGCCACUCCAGGAAGACUCGUGGACAUGAUGGAGAGAGGCAAGAUCGGACUGGACUACUGCAACUACCUGGUCCUAGAUGAGGCCGACCGUAUGCUGGACAUGGGCUUUGAACCACAGAUACGGCGCAUCGUCGAACAGGACACCAUGCCUCCUAAAGGCAUCCGACAAACUAUGAUGUUCAGCGCUACGUUUCCCAAAGAAAUCCAGAUCCUAGCUCGGGAUUUCCUGGAGGAUUACAUCUUCCUGGCAGUGGGCAGAGUGGGUUCCACCUCGGAGAACAUCACUCAGAAAGUGGUGUGGGUGGAAGAGAGCGAUAAGAGGUCUUUCCUCUUGGACCUGCUAAGCGCUACAGCCAUCCCAAGUGAGGUACAGGACAGUACUGGAGACAACAUAGAGAAACCUGGUAAGGACUCGUUGACUCUGGUUUUUGUGGAGACCAAGAAAGGCGCAGACGCCUUGGAGGACUUCCUAUAUCGGGAAGGCUACGCCUGCACCAGUAUCCAUGGUGACCGUUCCCAGAGAGAUCGAGAGGAGGCCCUGAACCAGUUCAGAUCGGGAAAAUGUCCCAUCCUGGUUGCUACAGCGGUAGCAGCUCGGGGUUUGGACAUCUCCAACGUGAAACAUGUUAUUAACUUUGACCUGCCAAGCGACAUAGAGGAGUACGUCCACCGCAUUGGACGUACGGGACGAGUAGGAAACCUGGGGCUGGCAACAUCGUUCUUCAAUGACAAAAACGGGAACAUCACUAAAGACCUGCUGGACAUCCUAGUAGAGGCCAAACAGGAAGUUCCCUCAUGGCUCGAGAGCCUGGCCUAUGAACACCAGCACAAGAGUAGUAAUAGAGGGCGCUCUAAGAGGUUCUCUGGCGGGUUUGGAGCACGAGAUUAUCGUCAGACUGCUGCAGGACUCAACGCCGGAGGGUUUGGAGGACGUGGAGGAGGACGCAACCAGGCAGGACAUGGAGGAAACCGUGGCUUUGGAGGAGGCGGCUUCAGCAACUUCUACACCAGCGAUGGCUACGGAGGCAACUACUCACACUCUCAAGUUGACUGGUGGGGCAACUAGGUUUCUCCAUCCCUCCCUCCCUCGCUCAUCCCUCUUUCCUCUUCUCACUCAUCCUCCAUUCUUUCUCCACAUCGACGUCUGCAUCCCAUCUGUCUUGUUACCACCAUUAACCCCAAGAAACCCCCAUGCAUGUUAUUAAACUAUUUAUGCUCAUUUAUGUAGCUUCCAUCCCCAUCCUUCAUGUCUUUUAAGUCGUUUGAACAGUUUUCUUGUGCUUUCUAUGUCCACCUUUUUUUGUUUUGGUAAAUUAACUUUUCUCCUCUUGAAAAAGACCACAUUGUGACGAGAUUCUUGAAUUUUAGUUGUUUACUUUUUAAACACUGGACACAGGCUUACUUGUUAGCUUCCAGCUAGCAGCCACCUUAAGACCAUUUUCCCUCUGUGACACGUGUGUGUGCUGGUAAAAAGACCUGGGUGUUUAAUUCCCUGAGAUUUCAGAGUGUGGGCUUCUUCAAAGAGGGGAAAAUCCUUUCUUUAUUUCCCCCCACUUUAUAUUUGAGUUUGAUUUCACUGUGUUUUUGUCUGCAUUUACACUCCCCGCGUGACCUCAUGUCAUCUUUGUAUUUAACGCACGGCCAUGUUGUAAAUCUCUGGCCAAAAACUUUUCUAAAAUAUAGCUAUAGGCAGGACAUAAAAGCAAACCAUGUCUGCGUAUAAAUUCAAAAAUACUGGCCUUCACGUAUCACACAUUGGAGGCCACAGAAACAAGAAAAUCUUUUUUUUCACCUUUUUUAAAACAUGAAACUUUAUCGAGGUCUGACACAGAUGUCUAACAAAGAGAGACUAGUGGCUGGACAAACUGAAAUGGCAUUGUUGGCCAUUAGCAGUGAGGCUAGCAGACAGUCUUAGGACUUAUGGUUGUUACUGCAAAUAGCAUUUUUUUGUUUGUUCAUUUGUUUAAUUUUAAGAUAAGCGUUUAUGGAGAAUCAUUUGUUUCUGUACUGUGCCUUUAAGAAUUUAAACUUUGUCUCUUAUUUCCAUCGUUUUUAUUGCCAUAAUACGUUAACUGUCCACAAGUAUUGGCCCACGGUGACUAAAAGUGUGUAUUCAAUGUCAUUUGUUGGUUUAAAUGUUUUCUUUAUUUUUAUUUGGAAGGAAGCAAACUAGGCUUGAACUAAAUCAAACCUUGGCAAAAAAAAACAAACUAAACUAAAACUAUGAUGAGGAAACUCAAAGCAUUUCCUUAUCUGUCUAUUAGAGACUGAGCUAAUUCCCCAAAGCAUAUAACCACUGUAAGCAUAUUUGUGGAUUACUUUACUCACUCUGGAUGAGUAAAUAUAAAAUGGGUCAAAAAUUGCAUUAAUCGUACUGUUAAAGUCAAAGAGCCAACGAGCAGGUCCGACCACAGUGGCUGUAUGCUUUUGGGAACCCGAGUCCUACUCAUUGACACUUGUGUCACAUCUAUAGCUCAGCUUUGAGCUUGCAGUUUGGUUUCUCAAAGCCAUCUUGUCACUAAUUGUUGGGUCACUGUGUGCCACUAACAGGGCCAGCAGCAGUCACGUUAUGUUGUUCCUCCCCCUCUUAUUAUCCAGAUAUGUAGCCGUAAAUGUCCAAUUCCUCAUAGCUUGCUAUAAUUUAAAAAAAGCCAAAGUCUGGUGCCACUCGAGUCAUAUUAAAUUACUGUAACCACUACACAGUUUGAAACACCUUUGCUUAGAAAACACUACAUGGCUGCUGCUGAAAACAGUUCCCAGAUUGUGUUGGUGUCUGCGGCCGUUCAGAUGACUCUUAGUGCCAUCAUGCUCUUGGGAAUCUAGCGCUGCUUUUAACCACAAACAUUGAAACCCUUGUUUUGGGAGAAACUUUCUCUCGAGGGGGGAAUACGCAAACUAAAAAGAGGUCCAAAUUUUCUCGCUCACUCUAUCCUGGAGAGUUGCAUGAAGAGUCUUCUCUAAAAGUAGUCAUUCCAGUUAGGUCUUUUAAGCUCUGUUGAAGUCGGGCGUUAAAAGUGAAGAACUGGAUCAUCCUUACGAACUAAUUUCACUGCAGACAGCUGGGGGCUUCCCAAGGAAUGCAAUGCAUCGUAUCUACAGCACAUUUUAGCCACGUGUGCAACUGUGAUCAAGCACAAGAUCACUCAAAAUCGCGCCUCGGUUCAGUUCCUCCUCAUACUACUGCUUUCAGUCAGCAGAUAGUGUUUCUCAGUGUUGAAGUCACUUCCUCGAUGAAAUGUUUACAAAACUAGAUUUCGGCCAACGCGCACAACAGCCGUACACUGGCAGCAUAUGAUUGCUUUCAAAACACUUAACACCCAGCCCACAGAGCUCCCAGAGCUCCCAGAUGGGCCACACUCCUACUUCUUCACACUGAUGCACGUCCACUCUCCAGAGUAGUUUGCUAUCUGGACUGGCAGUCUUGGCAGCUAUUGCAACGUAUUCACCUUCUGCAUGCACGACACGUCCCAGCACGUGCUGCAGAUUAAUAAACAAUGACAGCGUCCCGCCGCGAUUGUCGAAUGCGAAACCCAACUCGGCUCAGCACAGUGAGAAACUGUCAGGGUAAAUUGUGCUUGUGGAAAAGUUGCUACACAGAACUGAUCGCAUGCAUUUAAAUCCUUGGUUAUCCCUACUUGGCUCUGCUUUGCAACCAGGCUUCAAGGGGCCAGUUGACCCAGGAUGUCCAUGUUUCGUCCCUGAUUGAACUUGAAAAGGGAUCUCUGCUGAACAUUUGGAUGGUUCAGUGGUAGAAAUCCAAUCCUCCUCCUACUCCCACCCCCCCAAACUGGGCCAAUUAAGAGCCAAAAAAAGCUCUGUUACUCCAGUGUGGGGGUGGAUUAAUUUAGUUAUGUUUACAUGUAGAACUCAGAUUAAAUGUAAAUAGUUUCAACAGAGAGGAAUCUCCACAGAAAAAGAAUGUGAAGUUAAACAACACUUGGUGUGCAUGAGAGUCACACUUGAUCACUCAACACUGGACCAAGAUUGGUCUGGUGAGCUUAGCACAGUGGGCAGUUUGAACACCGCUGACUAAAGUUCAAAGACAAAAGCUUGUAUUCUUUCAAGAGAAUACACACGUCUAUAUAGAGAUACAUUCACCCAAAUUAAUGCGCACAAGGUGGAUUAACCCUCAAACUGCCCACUGACUCUGACAAAGCAGGACCAAGACUGUAAAACAUAUUCAAGUGUUGUUGUUUUUUGGUCAAGAAGUUUCAAAUGCCAAGCAGAUGAAUCCAAUUCUAUAGCAGGCUUUAAUUAUGUUGCAGUUAUUUAUUUUAUAUCAUAGUUUUUUUUUCCUGCUUUUGAUUUUUUGACUCUUGUAAUCAGUCUUAAGCUCCCUUUCCCUCGGAUUACAUUUGAGGGGGACGUUGGGGAAACUCUGAGUUUAAUAGCAUUUUUUUUUCUUUCUUUUUUUCCUGAUGAGUUUGAAGGAGUUAAAGCAGUUAAAGCAGUUAGCUGGUCAUUUACUAAAUAUACAAAGUAGAUUUUUCCAGAAGCUUUUCUGGUGCUAAAAGACACCAGUCAAAUAUAACUGUACGAUAUCUCACUAAGCCUGGUCUGACUCAAAAUGAGGGGCCAGGAGCAAUGCUGCAUUCAAGGACGGCUGUGAAAUGAUAGAAUUCAGCUGUACUCCUCGAUGUCCACCUGCUCCCUUUUAUGCAUUUACAAAUGAACCAAAAACAGGAAAUUUGAGUUUUUCUUUUCAGCUGCUGUUACAGCACGGGUCAGAUAAACAGUUACUGUCGCACUAAGAGCUGUCACUAAGUUUGAGACUGCAGUCUAACACGGGCUUAAUGACUAUGAGCGGCGGUUGAAUCGGCGAUUCAAAUGUUGACCAGAACUGUCAGAGGUGUCCCAAUAGAUGAUUUCUUUUUCUUUCUUUCUUUUUUUUUUUUUUAAAGCACCCGUUUACUGAUCAGCUUUCUUCUUGAGGUCAUGAAACAUUUGAUUUUCUCCUGCAGACUUCUUGUAAGAGCUGUUGCAAAGUAUUGAAGGAAUGAAAAAACAGGACAGCAAGUUGCUAAUGACAAUCACAGAACUCCCUUCACACACAAGCAGAAGUCUUUAAGUUGCACUUUCACACCUAGAGGUUUUAUUAAAUAGCUGUCUUGCUGGCAUUGUUAUAAAAUCAGCUUCAACCUUUAAAACUCUGUAGGAGGAACUUUACUGACUGAACUGGCAGUCGGAUACUGCUGACUGAUAUUCCCUGUGUGAAAGCAUUUCUUACUUGAAUCAGUGGCUUCUGCCGACCAUAAGCUUAAUGUAGUCCCAUUUGUUUUGUUACCAAUGCUGCAGGCAUGCGGCGUCGCAGGCGAAUCCAUUGAGUGGAUGUGGUUGCGUAGAUGUUGCUGUGCCUUCUGACGAGCGCUUGGCAGCACAUUGAGAAUCCGUUAAAAAAAAUGAAGGAACCGGUGAACCUUUUUAAAUGCAGUGUGACUUGUGAGAGUAAAAAUUCAGUUUACCUCUUGCUUUGUAGAUCAAUCGUGUCAAAUAGUGUUGUUCAUAAAUAUGCAAUGUAUUUCAGUGUUUUUCUAGGGCAGGCUGGUUUUACCUGUCAGUCGUAUUUACCAUUGAGCUGUGUUAGAGCAACACUUAAAUACCACUGUGCCCCCAAAUUCCUGUGUGGAGGGGGGGGGAGAAACCCUCUGAACUUUUACCCCAAGUGCAAUAGAGUUCAGUUACUUGUGGCUUGCUUUCGCUGUGUGGUCACCACGAUUCUCUGCAUGAGUUUUCUGCUCGAGUCCAAACUGGCACAUGUGAAAUGAGCCCAGAGUUUUACGUGUGAACGGUGCCUUUUGAAGUGGCCGAAUCACUAAAGACUGAAAUUUGUUGGUUAGGGCUGGGUAUUUCAAACUAUUGCAGAAAUUUUUAUUAUUUUCUUUUAAGUGUAGGAAUGUUUGCUUGGUCAGAUGCUGUAAUGAUGCAGGGGUAAAAAAAUGAUAACUUUAUGUAAAUGCUUAAGAGCUGUUGACUCAGAACAAUUCAGGCACACAUUUUUUACUGACUGACAACUGAUUCCCGGUGCUAAAACUUGGACAUGUUGCCGUUUUGUGCCGCUAACGUUACGUUUUUGAGAAAAUAUGAGCAUCAGGGCAUUAUGAAUAGGAAUGUAGAUCAGGCACUUUAUCUACUGCGUUGGUCCUCACAAUUUCGAUUUCUGAAAGACUUCAUUUUUUUGGCAAAAUACCGCAAAACUCUUUGUCUGCUAAUUAGCAAAUGCUACCUUGGUAACAUGCUUAUGUAAGAUGGUAAACAGUGCUACCGUUACAUGCUAACUGAUCAUCAGUGUCUUGCUAGUGUCACUGCAUGUACCUGUAACUAUCACACACACUUUCAGCAGUAAACAAAGUUUAAGAAAAAACACAAAAGUUUGUGUCAUGCAGAAAAUGCUUAGUUUACUUCCUGCGAAACUGAUCCAGCACUUUAGUUCUUUUUGUUUUUUUAUUUCCCAAAACCUUCUGAUGCCUUAAAUGAAGGGUGAUACCCAGCCCUAAUGGAGCUGAUAGCAAACUUACCUGUGAUACAGACAGCACUGAUGGUCAGAGAACAAUUAAUGGUGCUAUGCUUCCAUUGCUGCGGCCUGCAGGGCCCCCUCCGUUAUAGAAAGACCACUGAGUUUUACACAAAAGACUUUGCUUAAUCUUCAACAAAAGUCUUCUGUAGCACAUGUCCUUUAAUCCUAAAGAGGUACGACUGAGAGUGAGUGUGAAGGCAGUGUAGAGGUGUUAAAUAAGAAGUAAGUGUGUGUGUGUGUGUGUGUGUGUGUGUGUGUGUGCAAAGGUUCUUUGAGAAUUUUUGUUUUUAAGUUUUGUUUUGUUUUGUUUUUGGGACCAGGUGGAGUUCUAGUUAACAGCAAAGGUAGGAUUCAGCUGUUUGCACACAGAGUUCUUGAGUCUACUUUCACUGCAAGUUUGUGUAAUUUAUCAAGCAUUUUUGAGAAAUAUUUAUUUUUCUAUGCCUAAUACAAAAGCUGAUAUUUUACAAAGUGACUUGACCAAAAGACAGUAAACAAAAACACUGGCACUUGAAUGUUGAAUGUCAUUGGUAUGAGUGAAAAAUUUCUAUUUUUCUGGGGUAGUGUGAGCUUUUUAAUGUUAAAGAUGCGACGUGGGGGAGCGUUUCUCCGUCAGCGUGUCACCAUAGCAAGGCUGGGUUUCAACAGUGGUUGUAAUUUUCAAAAAUCACCUGCAUUUCAUAAAUACAGAUGCAUAUAUUUUGUGUAAGGCCAGUAAAAAAAACAAAACAAAAAAACAACAAAAAACCCCUAAAACCUAGCUCCUUUGCUGUGUGCACAUCUUUUCUUUUUUAACUGGGCAGUUUUUGCAGCCACGGUUCGUUCUUACAUUCUUUUUUUUUUUUUUUUUUUAAUUGUAAGAAUGAAACUGGAUUUUAUCAGGCAAAUCUGUCCCAUGUAUCUGAUCCUCAAGUCCCACUUUGAAGUCUUAAUAUUGGCAUCUUCACUUUUACUGUCUUGAUUUAAAAUGAAACAAAACAAACAAAAAACCAGAUCUGACUGGGACUACUUACUCAUUGGCUAAAAGUUUUUGAAUUAUUACCAUUGGGUGUACCAUAGAUAUUCCUUUUUGAAGCAUAUUACGACCCAAGAUUUACAAAAUAGACUUAAAAAAAUUAAAAACCGAAUGAGUGACUUAGCCAAUAACUCAGCAGGAAACUGUUCUUUUAGCAAGCACAGCUAUCGCCAUCUGGUGGUCUUCAGAUAGAAUGCAGGUUUUAGGCACUUCUGUCUUGGGCGUAGCUAUUGAGUCAGACAAAUUAAUCUGUUUUAUACCUUCUAUGAUCAGCUUGUUUAAAAACCUCUGAAAGCCGGGGGUUCUCUGGGGGUGGAGGUACUCGCAGUGCUUCCUGGUUAUCGGCCAUGCUAGCAUCAGCAGUCCAUGACUUAGUCUAUACCUAAAUAACUCAAAAAAUAACCUUCAUUAUCACUUGUUUUCAUCCUGUAUCACUUUUGCCCAUUGGUUUAUACAUUUUUAGCACGCUAGCACUUACCCUACCUUUUAGCGCUAGCCAUCAUUCUAUGUGGCCUAAAAUCUGCUGAAUCUACGCAAUGUCUAUGAUUUUAUUUUUGGCAGUAUUCAUGCUGUCAUUCCCGAAAAUUCCGAUUUCAACAAAAUAGUCCAGUCAGUUCUGGCAAUUAGUUUAAAGAUGCCACAGCAUCCCUGCAUAAAGCUCAACACCAGUGUUUUCCAGCACUACAGUACUCUUCUCCCAACUGAAACCUCCAACUUCAGGUCUUCUGUUAAUGUGUAAAGAUGUGCAUGUGGUGUAACAUGAAGGUACGAGGUGUACCACAGAUUGUUGAUUACAGCCGAUGUGAUGGCGACACGUUACGAGAAACAGCCUCCACUGGUUACCUUUAAAGUCACAUUGGACUCAGUAUCACAUCCGCAAACCUGUUUAUGCGACAGGCUUCAUUGCCAAUAAUAAUCAACCAUAAACAGCCAUUUUUAAUCGGCGAACAAAUUGAGAAAAUACCACCGUAAAUGCCAAGGUUUGGAUUAAAAAAUAACAAGUUAACGAUCAAAGACCAUUUUGUAAAAAACGACAAAAACAUGCAGUACAAAAAAAAGUGUCCAGAUUUUCUCCAAGUCGUUUUAUUUUUCCUUUUCUUUGUUGAAUCUUUACACUUUUCCUUCUCGUUAAUACCCUUGUUGUGAAUGUCUGGCAAAAACAAGUGGCGAUCUUUAAAGUCUUCAUAACACAGACUUAACUGUGGUUCUAUUGCUCCGUUGUUGUGGUUUGCAUCUUUUCAGGCGUCGGUGUGUUAGAGCUGUCACAGGGGUGUUUCUGGCCAAUCAGAAAUGGGGAUUUAUUUAUUUUUUUCCCCCUUCUUGCAGCUGAUCAGUAUUUAUCUGACCUGCAGGAGAGACAGAGUAAUAUAACGGACAUUUGUACUGUUGGUCCUCUAAGCACAGACCCACUGUAGUUACACAGGGACCGAUUGAUUUGUCCAAAGACUGUAGCCUCAGCAAUCACUGACGCAUAUCAGACGUAGGUGAACCAUUACUUUACAGCCUUUUGUAUGCACAAACUACAUUUUGCAACAAAGUAAUUGUAUUUUUUGUCAGGGUGUCGUGAAAGACACACAAAAACAAAACACUUUGUGGCUUUAUUUCAAGUUCAGUUUGUUAAAGUGAUCUGAAAUUCACAGAUGCUGAGGUGCAUUUAGGAACGAUUGCUGUUCUCUUAGCGAGCGAACUGAAAUGAAAUGAAGCCCAGUGCUGUCGUCAUUACUGAAUGGCCAGACCCCACAGUGUGGACGGGCAGCUGCACCGGCCUGGUAGUUAGUAUUUGCUUAUGUAUUAGUUUAGCAGAUGUGCACGAAGAGCACUGCACGAAGAAAAACAAAACUGUGCAAAUAUUCUGAUUUUACCACAAAUAAAGGUUUGGAUUUGCAGAUGUAA